GAUGAGGAUGGAGCUUUCCAUUCCUGCUGCAUUUUUUUCUAGUAAUAUUUUAAUUUACAGAUUUAAAUUUUAAUUUCUAAAGUUCAUAUAUAUUUAUAUAUGUAUAUAUUUUCUAUAUUUCCAUAAGGCAUUUCUUUGGAUUUACUCAGAGUAUGAUUUUGGAGAAUUACCUAUUAGGAGUGAGGUUUACUGAUCACGUAUUUUAGACCCUACUUUUGCUGUCCACAUUGUAAUUUCUGUACCCUUAGAUUACCUUUCUCUUGGCGUCCACAAUUUGUCACAUGUUUCAUAUUAUUUAGAUAAGUGGAAAGAUUCUCUCCUCUCAAGCGGUUUGAGUUUUUUUUUUUUUUUUUUUUUCUCCAGAAAGUAUGGGUGAUUGAGGUUCAACCAAUCCUUGUUGAUCACUUCAGAAAUAUGUUUUGAGCCUCACGCUUCGUCUUGUCACCUGUGAGGACGCAAGGAAGACUUUGCCAUUUAAGACCCCUUCAGGUGACUCCUUCAGCCAUUGCAUGACUGCACAACCCUGACGCAUCUGCAGAGGACAAGACUGCGGCAAUGGAAAGUAUUUCAAAUGAAAGUGACUUUUGGCAAUUUAACGAAUCCUGGCGAAACUCAAGUCUCGUUAACGGGACCGGUUUGUUGAAUCAGACGAACCCUUUGAAGCGGAAUGAAGAGGUGGCGAAGGUGGAGGUGACUGUGCUCGCCCUGGUGCUGUUUCUGGCGCUGGCGGGGAACCUGUGCGUCCUGCUGGCCAUCCACACCACCAAGCACAGCCAGUCCCGCAUGUAUUACUUCAUGAAGCACCUGAGCAUCGCUGAUCUAGUUGUGGCGAUAUUUCAAGUUCUUCCUCAACUUAUCUGGGACAUUACAUUUCGGUUCUAUGGACCGGACAUUUUGUGCAGGUUGGUGAAAUACCUACAGGUCGUUGGGAUGUUCGCCUCCACUUACAUGUUAGUUUUGAUGUCUGUCGACAGGUGUUUGGCAAUCUGUCAGCCUCUUCGUUCUUUACACAGGAGAAAAGACCGUUUCUAUGUCAUAUUUUCCUGGGUCCUGAGCCUGCUCUUCAGUGUCCCGCAGAUGUUCAUUUUUUCCCUGAGAGAGGUUGGCUCGGCCGGAUCAGGAGUGUAUGACUGCUGGGGCGACUUCGUGAAGCCUUGGGGAGCCAAAGCUUACAUCACAUGGAUCAGCCUCACUAUAUAUAUCAUCCCGGUGGCAAUUCUGAGCAUCUGCUAUGGGCUCAUAAGCUUCAAAAUAUGGCAAAACUUUAAACUGAAAACCAGGCGGGAGCAGUGCAUAAGCCUGACGCCCAAAACCUCCAAAGGCAACACGCUGGCCCGCGUGAGCAGCGUCAAGCUCAUCUCCAAGGCAAAGAUAACCACAGUGAAAAUGACUUUUGUGAUCGUCCUAGCUUAUAUCGUCUGCUGGACCCCCUUUUUCUCUGUUCAGAUGUGGUCUGCGUGGGAUCCAGCAGCGCCCCGUGAAGCCAUGCCCUUCAUCAUCUCCAUGCUGCUGGCCAGCCUCAACAGCUGCUGUAACCCCUGGAUCUACAUGUGCUUCGCCGGGCAUCUGUUCCAGGAUCUUAGGCAGAACUUUCUCUGCUGUUCUACUCGCUACCUCAAGUCAUCCCAGUGCCGCUGUGAGCGUGACUUUGACUCUAGUCACAAGAGCAACUCCUCAACCUUUGCCAUUAAGAGCACUAGCAGUCAGAGGAGCAUCACACAGACUUCCACCACAUAAGCACCCGCCCUCCCUUCCCUUUCUCAAGCUGCCCACCAUGCCUUUCAUCACACGCUGUCGGCCAUAAAAUAUCAGUUCAGCUCCUUCUGGUACCUCUCACCCUGAGGCUUGCUGUUCAAGAUUGUAAGGGACAAACAACAAAAGUCUUAAUCUUUUAUUUACAGUACUUCAGCGUGUAACAUGUAAAUGGAAUUGUGAAACAGAAAAAAUUUAAAGAAUAUUAUUUUGUUCAUAAAAGCUUACGAGAUAAUCAUGGACCAAGCUGAGCAAUCACCUGAAUCCUUUUGUUUUUGAUGUACAGAAUAUAUAUUUACAUAUUUGCAGUGCAGAGAAAGUAUAGGAAGAAGAAGAGAAUAUUUGAAUCAGUGAUUUUUGUAAGCAACCAUAUUAUAGAUUCAGUUGUUGUCACCAGCAAAGCUUAUGGAUCUUGUUUGUCUGUGUUAUGAUGAAAUUGCUCACCUGUUAUAUAUAUUGUGUUCGAUGUUGUUCACUUUGUUACAUUUGCAGUGGGUUGCAUACAUGUAAACUGUUACUUGAGAUAUUGUUAGAUGUGAGAUGUCAUGGCUGUCACUGGUAAAGGUUUUUAAAAAGUUUAAAAAAGAAAUAAAGAAAGAAAGCAGCGAAUAUGCACUGACUUUAUUAUUUACACCUAGCUAAUACUCAUUAGAGCUCCCUUUGU